CGGCUGUUCCUCAGGUGUUUGCAGCUGUAGUUGAAUUACCUUGUUGUAAAGUCAGUGUGAGAGAGCCUUACAGUGAAACGCUCGGCUCACCUAAAUCGGCAGCAAGUCACUUUCCCCUAAAGCAUUCUUGCACCGCAGAGGUUCACGUCAGUUAUUUGUCAUUAACGUCUUGUGAAGUUCCAGUGGGGCGGGUGCAGUGGAGUGUACAGUGGGUGGUGGGUUGGAUUUGGGGGAGGAUUCACAUAGGAAUAAGUCACAUAAUAAUUUGUAUCACCAACUCCACUCCAUUUUCUUUGUGGACAAGCUGUGGUUACCUGAAGUGUGCUUCUAUGAGUUUUACUGCUCUUUGUAGAUUCAAAAAGCGGAUGUUAAAUCAGCUGUCAUGGAAAUGGGUCCAAAUCUGGAGAGAAGCAGUUGUAGCCGCUAUGAGCUGCAUGUGAUGCAGAACUUGUCUGCACUCAGAAUAAAACCCAACCUUGCACAGAUCCACAACUAUUCUGAAUUCGAAGCAAGUGCAGGGGUCAUGCUGUCCAACCUGAAGCAGGAGGAGUGCAAAGAUGGAUGGAUCUACGGCACAGAGCACUACGAGUCGACUGUAGUCACUGAGUUUAACCUGGUGUGUGACAACAAUUGGAAACAACCAAUGUCCUCUCUCAUCUACUUCCUGGGAUCACUCUGUGGCUGUUUCCUCUCUGGACAGAUCUCUGACCGGUUUGGCAGGAAACCUGUUCUGUUCAGUUCCAUUUUCAUACUAAGUGUCUUCAGCAUCGCUUUGAGUUUUGCUCAGUCCUGGGCCGUCUUCAAUGUGCUUUUCUUCAUGGUGGGCAUGUGUCAACUCAGCAUCUACAUACUUCUUCUUGUACUUGGUUCUGAGCUCCUAGUCGGUGUUACAAGAGUUCUCUUCAGUAGCCUUGCUUUGAGCUAUUUCUAUGUGGCUGGUAUGAUGGCAUUCCCUGGCACCGCCUACGUAGUCAGGAAUUGGAGACACCUAUCAUUGUUUAUGGCUUUGCCUGGUCUGGCCUGUUUCCCCUUUUGGUGGCUGGUUCCAGAAUCUCCUCGCUGGCUACUGUCCAAAGGCCGUUUUAAGGAAGCAGAACUCCUGCUAAGAUUUGCUGCUCUGGAGAACGGAGUGGAAUUUCCAUCUGACCUCUUUCGCUCAGCAGAAUCUCAACAGUCUGAACAGUCUCAGCAACCCGAACAACCUCAGCAAUCUGAACAACCUGAACAAUCUCAGCAAUCUGAACAACCUCAGCAACCUGAGGUUUCUGGUUACCUGGGUCUGCUGAGGAACAUGACCACUCGAAGUAUCACACUCGUAGUGUGGUUUCUCUGGUUUUCUUUGAAUGUGAGCUACUUUGGAUUAUCAUUCAAUAUGACUACUAUCUAUGGCAACCCCUUUCUGAACUACGCCUUGCUGUCAUUAAUGGAGAUGCCAGCACACUUGGUCAGCUGGUUUAGCGCAAAAUAUUUUCCUCGUCGCAUGUCCUUUAUUGGCUUCUCCCUGCUGGGGGCGCUGCCACUCUUCCUCAUCCAGAUCACUCUGCACAAGUAUCACAACAUCACCCUCACCCUGGUGCUGAUGGGUAAAUUUGGAGUCCUGGCUUCCGAAGGGAUCCUGCACCUGCUCACUGGAGAGCUGUCUCCCACAGUCAUCAGGAACACGAUGUUGUCGUCUGCUGCCUUAUUCUCCAGAGUGGGGUCCUCUGUCGCCCCAUACCUAUUGCAGCUGGCUGUGUUCUACGAGUUCCUGCCGUGGUUGACUGUGGGUUCCCUGUCAGUCAUCAGUGUCCUUGUCUCCCUUUUCCUUCCGGAGUCAUUUGGAAAACCGCUUCCUGAUACCAUCGACCAGAUGCAAGUCAUUAAGAAGUUCAAGUUUAAAGGGCUCUGUCACCAAAAGGUUGAUGGGAAUUCACCUGGAGUCCAGGAGCCAGCUGUCAGCGAGACUUCUCUGUCUGAGAUCAAAUGCUCAACUGCCUUUUAAAGGUCUUGAUUGAAUUUGCUUUACAUGAUGCUUUACCUCAUCAUGUAGAAAGGCCCCAGUCAUGAGACCAGGAAGACCAGGAACCUUCUUGUUGUGAGGCCGCAGCAGAAAUCACCACAAAAACACUUCAGCCUGAGCAAGAAUAUGGAAGUGAAACAAAAAAAGAAAAAAACUUAAUUUUUUAAAUUUGAAAUGAACUUGAAUUUAAGUCGUGUGAGCAGUUGCCAUGCUUGGAUUAUACAAUUUUAAAUUUGUGUUUAAAACUUACAAAUUUUUUUAUAUCAUUUGUGAUGAAAUAAAAAGACUUUGAUUCAGGAGUUACCAUAUAAGACGUGAGGGUGGAGUGCUUGCAUUGGUUACCGAUGCUUUGGAUUGUUGGUGGUUACAUAAUAAAAAUAACAAUAAUAGAGAUGAAGAUAAGAACAGUAAUAUUAAUAAUAAAAUCCUCUGAUUUGGUUUGGUGUGCAAUGAGAAAAAAAUGUGACUUGUUGUGUGUACUUUCUCUUUCUCUCUAUCUUGUAUUUCUUAGUAUGCUUAUGUGUGGUUAAAUAAAUCAGUGAGAAAAUCAAAA